UUGUUUGUACUCAUGACUAUUCCCCUAUAUCUUCCACCUCUCUCUCCACCACCUCUAACAUGGAUCCUAAAUAAGUUAGUUAAAAAUCUUGUACAAACUCCUAUUAGCUUUUUCUUGUUUGUACUCAUGACUAUUCCCAUAUAUCUUCCACCUCUCUCUCUACCACCUUUAACAUGGAUCCUAAAUAAGUUAGUUAAAAAUCUUGUACAAACUCCUAUUAGCUUUUUCUUAUUGGUAUUCAUGGCUAAACUCUUAUAUCUUCCCCUUAAAGUCCUUAAUCCUUAUCCCCUCAUUCAUUGCAGAUUUUAGGAUUAGAUUCACUUUCUUGUGUGAUCUGAGGUCAGUUGAAAAUAAUAUUGUACAAACUCCUUACCAAUACCUUCUUGUUGUUGGUACUCAUGACUAAUCUCUUACAUCUUCCCCUUAAAGUCCUGAUACCCUUAUUCUGUGUAGCUUAUAGCAUUAGAUUCACUUUUUAGCCUCCACCACCUAACCCUAAUGUACCCACCCACACAUUGGCAGGGUGUAUCAUGGGUGACAAUCUGCUACAUGCUGGGUGAGAUACAAUGCACGAGGCGGGUGACGGAGGACUUUGACAAGCGCCUCCUCCUCACCUUCCUGCAUGUGUGGUUCAAUGAAAGGCUCCUCACCUCAGACUUCAGGUUCUAUCAGGGUUAUGCUCUCCCUAUGUGCAAGAACCAGGCUGAGUAUCUGGAGUUCAUCAACCAGUUACCAGUGACAGACUCUCCUGAAGUGUUUGGUUUACACCCUAACGCUGACAUCACGUACCAGAUCAACACGGCCAAGGGUAUUCUGGACACCAUCCUCAGCAUGCAGCCCAAGGAGGGGGGUCAGCGCGGCGGGGAGACUCGGGAGGUGGUCGUGUCCAAGCUGGCCAACGAUAUGCUCUCCAAGCUUCCUGCGGACUACAUUCAGCACGAGAUCAGAGAAGCACUGCAGAGGAUGGGCGCCAUACUGCCCAUGAACAUUUUCCUCAGGCAGGAGCUGGACCGCAUGCAAAAGGUGUUGAAGGUGGUGCGGAAGACCCUGCAGGACCUCCACCUGGCCAUCGAGGGGACCAUCAUCAUGAGCACCUCCCUCAAGGACAUGCUGGACGCAAUGUACGACGCCCGGGUCCCUGAGCGCUGGCGGAAGGUUUCGUGGGAGUCCAGCACGCUCGGGUUCUGGUUCACAGAGUUGAUGGAGCGAGACUCACAGUUCCGCCGCUGGUACUCCUACGGGCGGCCCAAGGCUUUCUGGAUCACCGGCUUCUUCAACCCUCAAGGCUUCCUGACGGCCAUGAGACAGGAAGUGACCCGCCAGCACAAGGGUUGGUCGCUGGACUGUGUGAUCCUGCAGAACCUGGUGACGCGCUUCAACAAGGAGGACAUUCACGACCCGCCUCCAGAGGGAGUCUACAUCUACGGCCUCUUCCUGGAAGGUGCCUCGUGGGAUCGCAAGCAGGGACGCCUCAUGGAAUCAAGGGCUAAGGUGGGUGAAGGGGUGUACCUGAUGCUAGGUUUGUGUGUUUGUGUGUGUGUGUCUGCGGGGUAUUUGGAGAUUUUGAUUUUCCUCUCCUUGGCAGAUUCUGUACGAACCCAUGCCAAUCAUCUACCUGUAUGCGGUGAAUACAACCAGCGGGAAGGACCCAACGCUGUACGAGUGUCCCAUAUACAGGAAGCCACUGAGGACCGACGCCACGUACAUCGGCUCAAUAGACUUGGAGACCACUGAGUACCUCCCCUCCCACUGGACGCUGCGCGGAGUGGCUCUGCUGUGUGACAUCAAGUGAGGCUGCGGCUGUGUCUGCAUUAGGAGAGGGAGAGGAAUGAUAUACUCUUUACUCUUAGUGCUUGCGAGGUGAGAUGAUGCGUAGGGCAUGUAGUCUGUGUAGGUUGUGUUGUCUGUUGUUUGUGUUGUCAUUAGUAAGAUAAGUAUAGUUUGGGUAAUAAGUAGACAGGUGUUUCUCUAGAGCUGGGUUCAAGAGGGGCUACUGAGGGUAUAGCCAUGAACUCCCCCCAUCUCCACCCCAAAAAAGAGGCUCUCACAGGACAGGAUGGAUACUAACCUUUUGCCUCACAUCAUUGACACUUGGGACAUCAGUAGCCUCCACAAAAUACUUAACCCCAAGGCCCCUAAAACACUCAACCCAGCUCUGUAUCUAUGUUAAGGUGUGUGGAGAAAGAUGUAUUUUGUUAUAGAGGCAAUAGCAUAUAAAAUAAAUAAUGCUAAGGUGUUAUCUAAGAAGUCUACAUAGGUGAUAAACUACAUUACUCAUUCCUAGUCAUUAGAUUUCUUUGUAGUAGACUUCAAGAACAGGUUGCAUAAAGAAAGUGUUGUCCACAGUAUUAUCUAAAGCCGUAAGUCCACCCAAAUCCAGGUGAUAGCCAGGUAAGGCACUACUUUGAAAGGUGCUAAUGUCCAGGUGAAGAGAGACCUAGACACACUUAGAGCUCGUGUUGCCGUCCAUAUUAAUAACUUGUUAGUAAGCAUAACUCCACGAGGAAGAUAUCACUCAAUAGUAAGCACAAUGCCAUGAGGAAGGUAGUCAUAUUUCUGUCAUGUAAGUAACAGAGAGAGCUGAGUUUCUUCUGCAAUGAACUCUUUAGGUUAUUUGGUAUCUAUCCAAACAGUCUGAAAGUGCCACAAGAUGCAACAGUAUUAACCCCUUGACUGCAGAUUUCCUACAAGAAGACAUCACCAAGCUACAGGAAUGGAACAAAAAGUGUCUGCUACAAUUCAGUGAAGAAAAAUGUAAAGUCCUGCACCUUGGGAGGGGAUAUCCAGCAUACCAAUACCAAAUGGGAAACGCUCCACUAUCCACCACAGAGGCAGAGAGAGACCCGGGAGUGUAUGUAACCAGGCUACCAGUGAAAGCCAAAUCCGUGCCAAUCGCAGCGGACGGGUUAAUCAGUGGUUGUUGUGAAGGAAAACCCCAGUACUCUUGCCUUAAAAAAAAAUUAAAAAAAUAAACACAGAGGCUUUUUAUGUUGAUUGAUAAUUAUUGUUGCAGGUAAACAACAAAGAAGGGAGGAACAUGCCAUCCCAACCCCUAGGCAGUAUACAUAAUGUGAUUAUACAACUAGUAAUACAUGUGGAGGUACCACCAUGAAACUAAAAAGACACAAUGGUAGGAGACAAGUGCUAAAAAAAAUAAAGGCCUUGAUGAAGUCAAGGGAGCAGACAUAAGGGACUGAACAUGUGAACUACAGUCCAGGUCCAAAUGCAGGAUACUCACUUAGCACAGCUGAAAGAACAUUAUUGUUAAUGAACCAGCCCACCAACUCAGGCAGGCCCCAGUGGCCCUGUGGGCAGUAAGCACUAAUAGCAGGACAUAGUGAUUGAGCGUGUGACCCCCUGGCCUGGCACACAAGCGGCAAGGUACAGGGUCAGCCCCACUGACCUCCCAGUAAUAUCUGUAGCCCAGCCUCAGCCACAUCACCACCAUAUCAGAGGAUGCACUAAGCCUACCUUAAGUGUGGGUGCAGAAACAUGAUACCUGGGCAUAGUGAAUGCUGGAGGACUACCAUCCUGACACCUCAAGGCAAGUUGAUUGGUAACAGACUCACUAACAAGGGAUUUAAGUCUACUCUUAACAUAAUUAUAGGUGUACGCAACACCUAGGUGCACAGUGAGAUCAUCAGAGGCAGCACGAGCAAGUCUGUCUGCCUUUUCAUUGUGGGGCAACCCAACAUGUGAGGGCACCCAGAUGAAGUGUGCACAGUGCUCCAGCAGGCUAAGGGUACUACGGCACUUAUUGACUACGUAUAUCACAGUCAGAGGGGGAGGAAGACAGCAGUGCAUACAAGGCACAUUGACUAUCAACAAACAGAUACACAGAUUUCCUGAGCACUAUAGUGAUAUGGAGGGCUUCAAAUAUGGCAUAGAGUUCCGCCCUUGUGGAAGACAUGAUCAGGAAGCCUCUUGGAAACCUCAGUGUCAGUAUACUCAGAGGGGGUGGUAAAGUCUCUAAUAAAUAAUCCACAUCCAGUCUUGCUGCCAUUGACAGAUCCAUCACAAAACACAUGGACAACCUGGGUAUGGGGAUAUGCAGACAAUUUGGUCAGAAAAUGGUCCAGCAGAACUUGAGGAAGCCAAAAGUCUUUAGGUUUAUCCAAUUUUUCUAUAUCAACACUAACUAUGAGGGUUCCAAGAGAUAACAAGGGCUGCUAAUGAGGGCAAGACACGGUUCAAGGACACCACGGUCAGAUAAGAGCUUGUGAAGCUUUCUAAGGUAUGAUUUGGCCGGAAUGUUAGGGGUGGUCUGAAAGUUACCAAGAGCCUGCCUAAGCUGAGUGUCCCCGUGACAAAUCAUGCGACAGACUGUGCGGCAAGUAAUUUCCUGGAUUCUGCAGACAACACUGGGCAGUUCCAACUCAGCUCAGAGGAGUUCAAGCUUUGCUGUCCUGGGACAACCCAGAAUGAUUCGCAUUGCCUCAUUUUGUAUUAGCUCCAAGGGCUUCACCUGGGAAGGGCUACAAUGCACCAGAACUGGUGCAGCAUAAUCAAUCAGUGACCUGAUGACAUAGUUAUAAAACAUCCUGAGAAUGGGAAUUCCUGCUCCAAGACCCCUAUUUGCUAAUACAUGUAAUGGGGCAAGGCGAGGAAGACAGACAUUACAGACAUAUUCAACGCAAUUGGUAUACUACUUUUUAAAACUAAGUUGCACUCCUAAAUACUUAUAACAUUGUACUCGGCCUAAUGCGACAGUGUUGAUGCUCGGUGAACGACAUACUUUGAGACUCGUCUGAUAUUUAGUUUUUGAGGCAUUGACAACUAGACCCAUAUGUAUACAAAGGUCCUCAAGGUGCUGCAGGGCUAUGGUCAGGCUUCCAGGGUAAUCACACUGAAUGAGGAUGUCGUCAGCAUAAAUGACAAUUUCAGUGCCCCGAGGAAAGGAGUGCUGGGCAAUCUUAUCCAUAAGGAUAUUGAAUAACAUGGGGCUGAGGACUCCACCUUGAGGGGUGCCUAGGUCAAAGGACUCUUCAGUUGAUACUGCACCCUGAGACCAUACCCUAGCCUGUCUGUCGUACAAAUACUCCCUAAUCCACCCCAAAAGUUUCCCUUUCUCACCUUUCAUGAUGAGUUCCUCCAUGAUAACAUCUUUGUUGGCCAAAUCAAAAGCACCCUUGAGGUCUAUAAAAGCUCUGCAGGUGACUGUCAUUACUCAAACAUUUGACAAAACAAUCGGCAGUGGAGCGACCCUUCAUAAACCCAUGGAAAUUAGGGAACAUUGUCACCCACCUUAUAAAUGAAAUGUUGUAGGAUAACCCUUUCCAUUAGCAUACACAAACAACUGGUGAGAGAAAUGGGACGAAAAGUGCUGUCACUCUUAGGUAUGGGAACAAUGAGAGCCGAUUUCCAUGGAGGCAAGACACUAGAAUAGGACGUGUUAAAUAGAUCAAGAAUGGGGCUAUCAGGCAGGGCAAGGUGGGGAUAAAGGACAUCAUAGGUUAAGCCAUCCUGACCAGGGGCCAUCGACUUGCCAGGCCUAAUAGCGCGAAGGAGCUCAUCCAGAGUAAUAGGAACACAAGUGUCAUCUACCAGGGCCACAUGAUGGUGUACAAGGGCCAUGCGCCGGGGCUGAUGGCAGGCAAGAGCAUCUCUAUGGGUGGCCGGCAGCCCAGCCACUGCAGAGGCAUGUGUCCAUGUUUGCAAUAGUGUCUUGGCCCUCCCAGCAGGAUCAGGAUCCUGACGGUAUGGUUAGGUUUGCCCCUGACCCUGUUGACAUAGAGCCAAAUCCUCUGCUUACUCUAGUUGCAGCUGUUACUCCUCUAAGUACAAUUAAUGAGUACAUAUUUAUUAGUAUAUGUCAUGUAUCAGUAUUGGGUAGGCUGCCAAGGCUAGUGCAUACUGCUCAUACUCAAGAAUAGCCCUUUAAAACCUAGCUUUACCUGUAUAUUAAUCUGAGUGCACUAAAUCAUAGACUAUAUUUUGGUACAAAGCUUGUAUAGAAUAUUGCUUAAAUGCAGCUUUGAAAUAAAUGG